GUCUCCGUGAUGUCCACCUGAUCACUUUGUUUCACAGUGAGAGUAGAAGAAGAAGAGUGAGUCCGUUCGGAUGAGGUCCGUCACCUGACUCCUCCUCCUCCUCCUCCAAUGGUCUGUUCAUCAUCAGACACCAUAAAUAUGACCCUAACCAGGAGUUAGACGGAGCCAUCGCUCAGAGAGUUAGGCUUAGAAACACUGAGCUGGAGAAACUAAAACCGAACCGAACCGAACCGAACUGACUGAAAAUGACCGAAAAAUAAAGUCAUCCGGCGGAACCAAAGACUGCGUCACCACCGGAAGUGGGAUUUGGGGAGGAAAAUAAAGAGCGGACCGCGUGAGCUGUGGUUUGUUUUGUUGUUCGUGAGUCCAGACGGACAGGAAGACAGACGGACAGAAAGACAAGUGCACGAGCCCCGUCUCUGGCACGUCUGAGCCGGGCCUCGGUCUGAACGGUGAAACACCGCGGGAGAGUUUUCCCAGCCGCACAGCCUGCUGGGUAAUAUGUUAACGACGGAGCUGCGUUGAUUGGUGUUCCGUGGCGCGCGGGGACACAGGAGAGACACAGCAAAGACAAACAGGGAAUCUACUGAAGGAGGACGGACACACGGGAGGGGACGGAAACUGCCGAAGUGGGAUCAGACACAUGAAACCAGAGCCAGCUGACAGGACGGGUGCUACAGGGGACGAGGGAACACGACUGAUUGUCCACAUCUGUGUCUGUGUUCACAGACAUGUCUGUCUCUCUGUCAGAGGAGAGAGACAGGAUCCAGCGACAGGUGGAGGAGCUGGAACAGAGUCUGUCUGUAACACACGCUGAACUGGAGCUGCUGAGCAGUGAGACAGAUGAUGAAUCAGGAGGUGAUGGAGAGGAUGAGAGACAGUCUGCAGCAGGUCUGUUGGCCCAGAGAGACAAGAUCCAGAAAGAGAUCCAGAACCUGGAGGACGUCCUUGGACCACACAGUCCAAUCAGUGUGUCAGACGACGGCGGCGGCGGCGGCAGCAGCAGUGAGGAGAGUGAGCUGGGUCUGUCUCUGUCCGUGGACUCCUGUCUUCAGAUGAACCUGGUCUACCAGCAGGUGGUUCAGGAGACUCUGGACCAGCUGGAGACACUACUGUCACUCAACCAGAGACAGCAGAAGGACCUGGUGUCUCAGCUGUCUGGACCAAUCAAAGAACCUUCCAGAGAACAGCCCGCCCCCUCCUCCUACCAGCAGCCAAUCAACAUGUACCUGGGUCGCUUCCUCAAACCAUACUUCAAGGACAAACUGACAGGGCUGGGUCCUCCAGCCAAUCAGGAGACAAAGGAGAAGGCCAGCAGGAUGACGGGAUGUCUGGACAACAAGAAACUGAAAAAGAAACGAUGGGAGAGCUGGCAGAAGACACUGCUGAUCCACUCGGUGACCAGAGACAGUCUGAGGAGACUGAUCCAACCCAAACUGUCCAAGGUGGACUACCUGAGUCAGAAGCUGUCCUCAGCACAGGAGACAGACAGACAGCAGCUCAGAGAGCAGAUAGACAGUUUGGAGAGAGACAUCGACCUGCUCAGAGGGAAGAAUGAGGAGGAGCUGAUUGGUGAUCGCUACGAAGAACAUGAUUGGCAGAAAAUCUCCAAUAUUGAUUUUGAAGGGACGAGGGACGCGGAGGACAUUCGUUGUUUCUGGCAGAACUUCCUCCACCCGCUCAUCAAUAAGACUCGUUGGAGUCAGGAGGAGGUGCAGCAGCUGAAGGAGGUCAGCAGGAGACACAGUGAGAGGCAGUGGGAGACCAUCGCACAGGAGCUGGGGACGGGGAGGACAGCCUUCAUGUGUCUUCAGACGUUCCAGCGUUUUGUCUCAGACUCGUUGAGACGCAGUAGUUGGACUCCAGCUGAAGACGCUGUGCUCAGAGAGCUGGUGGACAAGAUGAGGAUCGGAAACUUCAUCCCUUACACGCAGAUGAGUUACUUCAUGGAGGGGCGGGACCCCGCUCAGCUGAUCUACAGGUGGAACCAGGUUUUAGACCCGAGCCUGAAGAAAGGCCCAUGGACCAAAGAGGAGGACCAGCUCUUGCUGCGAGCUGUGUCUCGUUAUGGGGAGAAGAACUGGUGGAAGAUCAGGUUGGACGUUCCUGGACGCACUGACAGUGCCUGCAGAGACAGGUAUCAUGACUGUCUGAAGGCGGGAACAAAGAGAGGAGCAUUUGACAAACAGGAAAGAGACCUUCUGCUGCAGCUGGUGGACAAACAUGGCGUCGGUCGCUGGGCGAAGAUUGCCGCUGAGAUCCCUCACCGCUACGACGCUCAGUGUCUGAGAGAGUGGAGGAAACUGAGCAGACCACGCCCACCUCCUGCUCAGAAAGGUAACAACAGUAAGAAAUCAAGGAAGAGUCGAGGAGGAGAGAAGAAGAAGAGGAUUUUCCCGGUCAAGAAGAACAUCAGGGGGAAACUGCUUAGCCUCAAGGAGGAAAAGGAGAGCAGUGAGGAAGAGCAGGAGGAGAUGGUGGUGGAGUACAUGGACAGUGAUGAGGAGGAGAAGAAGAAGAAAAAGGAGGAGGUUGUGCAAGUGGAGAGGAUGGAGGAGAAAGCGGUGGAGGAGGAGGAGGAGUACACCUUCCCUCCCCUACAGGAGUGGAUUCCGGUUGAAAAAGCACAACGUUCCACCUUCCUCAGCUUUCAUCCGGUGGCGUUACCUUCUUCUGGUGAUGGCCACAGUGGGGAGCAGGUCCGGUCAACCAUCCUGGGCAAGUUUGGACGCUCUGUGGUCAUUGGACCAAAUCCUAGAGAGCUGCCAUGGGAGGAUCGCCACAGCAGUAGCACCAUGAUGAUGGUGUCACCUGACCAGCUCCGAGCCCACCUGUACCACCAGGCACACAAGUUCAAUAACCAGAGCUCCCGUGCCCAAGAGAAACCCCAGACCAGCAAACAGAACCACCUGGGCCGAGCGACGGACAUGGGGCUGGACUAUGAGCUGCAGGCCGCGGCGACUCCCUGGAUCGGCAACCUGCUCAUCCCAGCAAAAACCAGACUGACGGCAGCAGACGCCCUGAGGGAGCGAGGAGAGAAAACCAAGCUCUCUUCAACUCCCGUCUUCCUGCUGCUCCUUCAGACCAUGAACGUGGACACCAUGGGGUGCAAGGAAAUGAUAGGGCAGAGAAGAAACAGGACGGCGUUACUGACUCCGCCCCCAGAUCCCUCCUCCGUCAAGAUGAAGAACCCGAAGACCAUUGCAGGAAUGCUGCAACGGAGGAGGGCCGUGAAAGAGGGGCUGCAGGUGUUAGACCUGCAGCACAGACUGAUCCUGAAGCAGCUUCAGGUCCUGCAGCAACAAGAGCAACAACUGCUGCUCCAACAGCAGGUUCGACCACAGCAACUCAUACUGCUGCAGCAACCACAGACUUUUCCAACUCGUCUCCCCCCAUCGAUGCCUCCUCUGAAUCAUCCCGGCGUUCUUCAGAUGCCUCCUAACAUGCAUCCUCAGAUUUCUCCUAUGCCCUUUCCUCAGGCUGUCUUCAUUCCUCAUCCUGUCCUCCAACCUCAGCAACCUCAUGUUGCUUCCAUCCAGCACAUACCUCGCUCGUCCCUAAUCACAUCCCCUCCAUCUGCAGGUAGACCACUUCCUGUCGAGCUGGUCACCUCUUUGUUACAUGCAUCUCCUCCACCUCUAAGACUGAACGUCCCCCCUGUCUCUAUGGUCCCGAUGCUCCAGGGUGCUACACCUGCCGGCUCUGCCUCCAUCUGCCAACAGGCUGUACCUUUGACUCAAAACCUCAAAAAAGACCAGCCCCCACCGCCUAACCAGACUGAUUCUACUGGUUGUGGACUGGUCAGUCAGCACGGUGUUCCCUCCAUGUUCAGUUCCCAUGCAACUUGCCCCAACAAACCUCACCCUUCCCCCAGUCCUCCCAGCUCCACUCUGAGUCUACCCACGGGGAAGGGGCAGAAGGAGGCAACUGUUUGCAACAAUCUGAGCGAGGUGGGUUUUGGUGGGGCAGGUACAAGUGUGGAAGGAGCAGGUGACAGUGUGAUUCAGCAGGCCAGAGCUCUGCAGGAAGCCACUGAAGCCAAGGUUGAAUCCACGAAGAGAGCUGCUUCGUCUCCAGCUCAGGCCCAGAGCACAAACUCUCAUCCUCAGCAGCUCGGCACUGCAUCCAUCCAGCUGGUACCUCAGACUCCUGCGUCCUCCCUGACCACGCCUCCGACAGCUGCUCAGAGACCUGCUCCUGCUGGGGUCAAAGCUGCUUCACUUGCGCCUCCUCCUGUUGGACUGAAUGUUCCCCCUGACUCUGUGAAUUUGCUGCAGACCACCUCACCUUCCUGCUUUGAUAGGAACGUGUGUGCCAGUCAGCACACUGCUUCCUCCACUUUAAGCUUACCUUCUCCUUUCCACCGUGACCAUGACUACUCCUUUAUUAAUCCUCACCCCACCCCAAGUCAACCAAGCUCCACCCCCAGAAAGCUAAACCCCAUACCCUGUCAAUCUGACUCCUCCCCAAACACAACCCCGAAAGAUCAGCCCAGACGGAGGAAACGAGGCCGGGGGGAGGAGCAGGAUCAGGUAAUAAGCAAUCAGGAUGACCAGUGUGCAGUUGGGGUAGGUUGUCCUGUUGGUGGGGCUGGUACAGGUGUGAUCCAGGAUGGGAAGAGGGUUCGGAAACCGAGCCAGAAGGCCUUAGCACUGCAAGAAGCUACUGUAGCUAAGGCUGAGGCCAAGAAGAAGAGAACUUCUUCUCCUCGAAAGACGCUGUGUCGUACGUCUCGGUCAAAAGAGGAAGUUGUCGUGCAGCCCGAGACGCCGCUUCCCAGGGUGCAUUUACCUCCCGGUCAGUCAAUGUGGGUCAUGACUCCUGGUGGGAUGGUGCAGCUAGCAGACACCUCGUCCCAAGGCCUACAGCUAGCGUUGGUGUCAGGUUCAUCCCUUCAACCUCCACCGGGGAAUAUUUUAAACCACCCACCGGCCACACCCCCUGUGCGACUCACCUCUGGCAGUUGGCGACCAGUUGCACCCAAACCCCCUGCUGUGUCUGUCCCCCUGUCCACCUGUCCACCUAGGACCCUUCCACCAACUUUUAUACUGCAACCUGUCACAGGCCCUCACUCCUCCCCCCUCCCCUCCUGCCCCCCCUACUCUUCCUCCAAACUCUUCCUACCAUACAAGGGUGCAGUCAGAGUGGACCCAGCAGAGCCCCCUCCCCUCAGGAGUGAGGCACUGCUGUUCGACCCCUCCCUGAUGUUCUCGGAGCCCCGGGUGGCAGUGCGUGAUUGGCUGAGCGGACGGGGAGGGGUGGUGGCUCCUGGUCUGGACGUGGCUCUGCCCUACCUGCCGCCCUUCGUCAGCAAUCUGAGCACGCUCAGUGCGCUGCUCCGGGCCAAGAACUCUCUGACCAAAUCAUCCCUGCAGAUACUUCAAAGCUCUGAACUCCGAAAGCCCCGAACCAAACCCAGACCUGACCACAGCACAGAGAAAACCUCCCGUCAGCCUCCACCAGACUCCACCUCUGACCUCAGACCUGCUGGGGACCAACCAGCUCCUUCUGUCAGCUCUGACCUCCCGCAGGAGGAGGAGGAGGAGGAGCUUGUGGCGGCAGUCCGUCAGCUGGUGACAGAGCGUUUCUCAAGUAACCCCGCCUACCAGCUGCUGAAGGCCCGCUUCCUGUCUUGCUUCACUGUUCCCGCCCUCCUGGCCACUAUCCAGCCAAUCCCGGAGAAGACUGUGGCCUGCCCAGCCACUCAGGAAGAGGAGGAGGAGGAAGAGGAGGAGGAGGAGGAGGAGGAGGAGGAGGAGAUGGAGCUGAAGAAAAUCAAAGAAAGAGGGAGACGGAGGAGAGCAGAGGGAUCUGUGCUGCAGCAUGACGGCUCAGGAGCUCCAGCCAGUCACUUCUCAGGAAUCAUCGGCACACCCGCCCCCGACCAGACCGGACCAGACCGGUAGAAACCAGAUCACCACAGUCCAGUAAAACUCACCGCUCUGCGUCUGGUUCAUAUGCUGUGAAACAGCGAGUCAGUUUGAGCUCUGGAAAACUUUACAGUUCAGAAAUGAAUUGUUUUCAUUCAAAUUCUCAGAAAAUCACAUUGUCAGACUUUAAACAUCAGUUUAAGAUCUGGUGGAGUGAGAGAGUCAGCAGGUAACACGGCUCACGGAGAAAAACACGGCUCACACAGAAAAACACGGCUCACACAGAAAAACACGACGCACAGAGAAAAACACGGCGCACACAGAAAAACACGACGCACAGAGAAAAACAGCUCACGGAGAAAAACACGG